AUGGCCCAAGUCCUAACACUCUGUCGCUCUGUUCUUCACUGGAACCCUUUAUGGGUCAGAAGCAUGUGUUCACUAGAAGAGCAAGGUCGUGCCAUCUUUGCUGCCGCUGUGGAGGGAGUGCAGCCGGACAGUGUGGUGCGCAGAGCUCUACAGCGACGGGGCGAUGAGCUGGUGGUAGCUGGGCACAGUUUCAAGCUCCAUCAUAACCUGCAUCUGGUGGGUUUUGGGAAGGCUGUGCUGGGGAUGGCUGCAGAGGCAGAGAGGAUUGUGGGAGAUCACCUGGUUCAAGGGAUAGUUAGUGUGCCUCAUGGAAUUCAGGAAACACUGCAACGUCACAGGAAGCUGAAUAUGUUGCUAGACACCAGCAGUAAAAUAAAAGUGAUGGAAGGAGCUAAACACAACCUGCCAGACACAGAUGCCCAAAGAUCAGCGGAGAGCAUCCGGGAACUCGCCAGCAGUCUUACUGAUGGAGAUCUGCUGCUUGUCCUCAUAUCAGGUGGUGGCUCUGCUUUACUACCUGCUCCCGUCCCACCAAUAACCCUACAGGAAAAACAGGAAGUGACACGUUGCCUAGCGGCUGCAGGGGCCACAAUUCAGGAGUUAAACACAGUGAGGCGAGCCUUGUCACUAUUGAAAGGUGGAGGCCUGUCCCGUUGUGCAUAUCCUGCCCAGGUGGUUGGUCUGAUUCUGUCUGACAUCAUUGGAGAUCCAGUAGAUCUCAUAGCCAGUGGCCCAACAGUAUGGAGUGAGACAUCACUGGAGGAAGUUUGGGCCAUCCUGUACCGCUACAACCUCUAUGCCACUCUCCCGUUAUCUGUGCAAGAGGUUCUGAAUCAAACUGGUUCCCAGCAGAGAAGCAAGCUGAAAGAUCAGCCACAACAAGACAACAUUCUCAACGCUGUGAUUGGCUCCAAUGCUAUUGCUCUGGAGUGCGCCAGCCGUAAAGCACAAGAGUUAGGCCUUCGACCAGUAAUUCUUUCUCCAGGGGUGUGUGGUAAUGUCCAAGCUGUGGCCCAACUCUAUGGCUUGCUGUCUCGCUUUGCCUGUUCUCCAGGGAAGGAGCCUCCAGAGCUCAGAGAUCAGAUUCUCAAACUGGGGCAAGAGGUUGGGGUGGGGAGCUCGGAACUUUGUCGCACAAUGAAACAUUUGGAAGAGGGCUGGCAGGAAAGCUUGCAUGCCACGUGCCUGCUGGCUGGAGGUGAACCCACUGUCCAGCUACUGGGGAAAGGCAAAGGUGGAAGGAACCAAGAGCUAGCCCUGAGGGUGGGACUAGAGCUCAGCAGGGCAGAGGAGAGAAGCACGACCGUAUUCCUCAGUGGUGGAACUGAUGGUCAGGAUGGCCCUACUGAAGCAGCUGGAGCAGUUAGUGAUAGGAACAUAGAGACAGAGGCCCAAAGUCAGGGACUGGACAUUGAUGUAUUUCUUCGCAACAAUGAUUCAUUCACGUUUUUCUCCUCCCUUUCCAAGGGACAGAAGUUGCUUCUACCAGGGCUCACAGGUACCAAUGUAAUGGAUGUUCACCUGAUGAUUCUGCCUCCACCACCAUCAGCAGUGUAACUGAUCCAAAAGAUUUUUUACUUGGUAUGAGAUUCGUUCUCAGGUUUAGGGAAAACAAUAAGUUUAAGCAUGAAAAGUAGAUGUGUCUAUUAGGAUUGAGAGCAUCCAACAGGAUGUUCCUAGUGCCAGCAAGAUAAGAGGUUCUGGCAUAAUAUGGUAAAUGCUACAUAUGAUUGUUUUGUAAGACAAAUUUUGUAUAUGUAAUAUAUUCAGAGCUGUGUAUAAUUGCUUUAAGACAAAUUGUGAAUGUACUAAAUUCAGCUCUAACAGUGACCAAUAAAC